GGGGGCAAUUGGUUGAGUGAAGUCGCACGGUCGAGUCCUUUCUCCCUGAGGUGUCUUCCUUUGAGAUCCAGCCGAGCCUGGCGCCUGCAAAACAGAACUUGUCUGACUUAUUAAAUAGUUGGAGCUGGAGGAAGAAAAAAGGCCUGUUGCUUCUCAGUCGAGGCCAUUGUGACGCCAGAAAGGAUCUUGACAGCCCUUUAAUUGCUGUGAUACUGAAUGCGUGUUUGACCCAAAUCAGGUCCCCUCGUCACUUUCCGUGGACGUGUUUAAUUUGAUUUUCUCCAAUAAAAUGGUCUCUUUUACUCAGAAAAGCAUUUAUAUAGACAGCUCGUGUUUUUUGAUAACUUUCUCAAAAAAAUAUCAUAUGGAUUGUCAUGAUCGUCAUUUGCGAACAGGAUAUUUGUUACGAUGUCGCUAUAGUGAGCUGCACACUACAGCACCGCAACUCUCAAACGCAGGCUCCAUUCUUGCCUGAGGAUUGCGAUGCAGUACAGCCGCAAUAGUUGGGAGAGUGCUCCCGAUGGAGUGUCCGGCUAAUGGAUGUAAGUGGUCGAGAGAGUCCUCCCACUGGUUAAUUAUACUAAAAUUGGUCUAAGCUACUUUGCUAGGGCCAGAAUGGCCCGUCGCAGCAUGGGGUCGGUAUGAUUAACUACUCCUUCCUUUCAAAAGCCUCUUGAUGUUUCCUUUAGAAGGCUGUGAGCCAAUCGAAACAGCGCUCGGACCCCAAAUUAGCCAGCUGAUUGGUGGGAGUAAGGAGUGGAAACACACCUCUUCCUCUUAUAGACGUCCCUGCCGGGUGCGUAAAAGUUAAAGUGUGCGUCAUUUACUCGAGAGACCCGCAUCGGUCCGUGAACUCAUCGCCGAUUUCAUCGCUCCUUUUAGCGGCCCACCGGGAGGUGCAUGGGCCCUUCGCCUCGCCUGACGAUGAACGCAGCGCCGGGCUCGCCACCCCAAGACGUCCAAGUCGUCCAUCCCAAGGAGGAGACGGAGGACGCCCAGCCCAAGGACAUGACCACGGAGAAGGAGAGGAGCCGCCUCCCGUUCAGCGUCGAGUCUUUGAUUUCCAAGAGGAGCACCUGCAGGACUUCUUUUGAGUCGGCCGUGUUUGCUCAGAAGCCCGCGGCGCACUUCACUCCGAGGACUUUUUACGCGGAAGGUUCUCCGGCUGUUUGCAGCAGCUCCUCGGACGACACGCCACAUUCGGCUGACACCGAUCAGAGCACUUGGUUCCAGGCGAACACCUUCUCUUCGAACUCUCGGAGCUCCAGUCCAUCUCAGUGUACUUUACGAAAGCACAAAAACAACCGUAAACCUCGCACGCCCUUCACUACCUCGCAGCUGCUGGCCCUGGAGCGCAAGUUUCGCCAGAAGCAGUACCUCUCCAUAGCCGAGAGAGCCGAGUUCUCCAGCUCGCUCAACCUGACCGAGACCCAGGUGAAGAUCUGGUUCCAGAACCGCAGAGCCAAAGCCAAGAGGCUGCAGGAGGCCGAGUUGGAGAAAUUUAAGAUGGCCUCUAAGCCCGUCCUGUCCGCCUUCGCGCUGCCUUUCCCCCUCAGCGCGCACGUGCAGGGCUCGGCAACUUGGGGAUCCUCGAACCCCUUCCCCAGGCCCAGUCUGCCGGUGCCGGGACUCUUUGGUGCACCUGUCACGUACGGGAUGUACUAUUUGUCGUAGUAUUGACGUGUGUGCUUUCAUGGGAACUAGGACAUGUUGCAAAAACACUUAAAGGCACACAACAAAAGUAUUUUUUCCAACUGGAAAAUGUAUUUUUUAAAUAUACUUUACGUUUAGACAAAUGUUCUUCUUACCUCCAAAUAUGAAAACUGUAUUGUUGGACACAUACAUAUUUGUGAGAGAAAAAAAACCGUGCUGUUUGUGCGCAAGUUUAUUUACCACAUUUCAGACAGUAGUUAAAAGUACUUAAAGAAAGUGCCUUAAGAGCCAGCAUCAACUUUCGUGAUCUUGUUGAACUGUUUAUUUUAUUUACCACAAAGUUGUCAGCAGAGACACCAUUUAUAUGAUAUACGUAUAAUGUGUGUAGCAAAUAUUGUAUACUUCUCCCAGCGUUGCCUUCAUGAGGGUUACAAUAGAGUUUUUGGGGUGAAUUUUGCUGCAUAUGUAAAUAAAAAGUCCUGCAGUCUUGCUCGAGGAACAUCAGGACAUUUGUAUUUAUUAAUCUUUUCUAUCUGUACUGUGUACAUUUCUCGUUGGAAAAUCUACAGUGACAUGGAAAUAAACGUACAAAAUAUCUGACAA